AUGAGAGUAAUUUUCUUAUUUAUUUAAUUCAUAUUUACCUAUGUCUUUGGAUAAAACCAACAAGUAGGAUUUGUUUAUAAUUCAAUUCCAUACAAAUCUUUUGAUGUUCAUAGCAUAAAUGGAACUUCAAGUAGGAUAAAGGUAUCUUAAUAAACUGGAAUAGCAAUUGUUGCUCUAGGUAAUGCUGGAAUCAUGAUAAUUGACAAUAAAUUUAACACACAUAUUCAUUAAUCUCCUGAUAAAAGCUAUAUUUAAUGCGUUUAAAUAUCAAAAAAUGGCUAGUAUAUCUUUCUAGGAAUGGUUGGGCAAGUAGGCAUCUUCUAAUUAGACUAAAUUGACUUUAGUAUUAAGAUGAUUAAUUCAAUUAAUGUAGAAAAUAUGACCAUAAUAGACAUUUAGUUUAAUUUAGAAGAAGAAAUCAUGUUUGUUGUUGGUUAUUUAGGGGUUUUAAAAUGGUACGACUCAAGGAAUAUAAUAAAUCCUAUAUAGCUUGGGAUUAUAGAUUAUUCUUAAUAUUAAUUUCUCUUUAAUCGAGGAGCGAUGCCUCCUGAUGAUCGAUUUUUUUAUAUUGCUGCUGAUUUCGAAGGGUUGUUGGUCUUCAGAAUAGAUAAGUCUCUGCAAAAUAAUCAGCUCAAAGUCAGUUUAACUAAGAUUUUAACUAAACUAGCAGCCACAAGCUUUACAGAAUUAGUAGUUACAAGCAAAAAUAAUUAUGUCUUCACUAUUGAUAGAUGGAAUGGCAUUUUUAUUAUCUAUGACUUGAGUUAGCUCAUUAUAGAUGGUGAUGAUGUAGAAAAUAAAAACAACUAAUUAAUUAAAAUGGUGCCUGCUAAUCUAGGAAGCACGUUAGGAUACACUUCUUCUAUAGGUUUGAGUUUAGAUGACUAGUUCUUAUAUGUAGGAGCAAGAUCAUUGGGAAUAUUAAUAUAUAAUAUCUAAGAUCCUUUGAAUCCACAAUUCUUUUAGCAGCUUUAAUUAACUGGAUAGUCUUUUUCUAUAGCAUUAUCUCCGAAAUAAAAUGUGAUUUCUAACACAACAUUUGACAAUCAAUUUAUUUACUAUUCUAAUUCUUUAUCAGUGGCUAUUUAUUAAAAAUAGAAACCUUCCCUUUUUAACAAUAUUCCAAAUUUAUUCAAUUCUUAACAAUCACAAUUUUUUAUAGAAGGAACUGCAGCUUCUAAAUGGAGAUGUGCUAUUUCUUCAAAUAAUAAAUACUUCUUAGCAGGUAUAGACGCAGAUGGUCUUUCAAUUUUUGAAAUAAAUGUCAAUUCUUACACAAAAUCAGCUCCAUCGACCAUGCAGAUCAAAUAUUAAUUUAAUGAUACAUAAUAAUAAAUUUUAAGUACUAAUUAAUUGAGAGUAUUUGGGCCUAAUGAAUAAAUUCCUUUAGGAUUUUCUAUUGAUAAUAUUUAUUUCUCUAAAGAUGGUUAAUAUAUUUACUUUGCUGCAUAAUAAUCUACUAUAAAUAUAAUAGCAUAUAAGUUUAAAGUUAUAAUAUCUCCUGAUGGAGAGUAUUCUUUUGAAUAUGUUAAAGGACUACACUACGAUUAGGUCUACUAUUGUGAAGAGAUGAAUUUCAGUGAAGAUGAGUAGCAUGCUGUAAUGUCCUUUGAUGUUGGAAUAGUUUUGGUAGAUAUGGUUAAAUUUGAGGUAAUUUCAAUGUACACUAAUUAAGGCGUUAUUGGAACUUGUUGUGGAGCUGUUUUAUCGCAUGAUAAGAAACAUGCGCUUGCAGUUGUCAGAAAUGUUGGACUUUUUAUUUACGACACUUCUGAUAUGGCUAAUCCUAAAAUGGUAAAUUAAUGGAGGACGAAUGGGGGUGAAACAUUAUUGCGUUCUUAAGUAAAUUAAAUAAUUUACUUUUUGGAUGGAUUUAAUGGUAUAAUUUUGUUAGAUUCUACUAAGUUACCUGAAAUAGUAGUUAUUGGUAGUUAUAUCUCCUCUGGCUGGACAAAUUUUAUUUCUUUCACAAAUGAUGAAAGAUAUGGAAUAAUUUCUACAAUGGACUCUGGUACUUUAACCUUGAUAGACCUAACAGAUAAAUCUAACCUAAGAGUAAUUAUGAAAUCUACCAUAUAAUCUUAAAAUUCAAUUACGACAUGUGUAGAUAAAACAGGGCUCUCAUUCUUAUUUUCGAUGAAUUAGCAUUAAUUCCGUCUUUAUAAUUUAUAAAGCUAAGUACAAAUUCAUGUUGAGAGAUAAGUGUAAUCUAUUUCAACAUUAGAAUAUACAUCGAUUUCAGAUAUUGAUCCAUUUUAAGUUGGAUUGCAAUAUCUAGUUAGAUUUGUUGUUCUAUACAGAUAGCCUAACUAAGUUAUUAGUUAGAUUUACUAUUAUUAAAAUUUAGUACUUUAAAGUUUACCUUCUUGGAUGACUGUUGAUAGAUCAGAUUAAAGCACUUCCAAUUUGUAGGCUUUGCUCCAGUUAAAUAUUCCAAAAGAAUGCUUAGAUUCACAGGCUGGGAAUAAGAGUUUUUUAACUAUAGUGAUUUAAUCAUGCUUUUAAUUAGAUGUUAACUCUUUUAUUUUUGAAACAACAGAGUUAAUAACUACUCUAAGCGAAAGCACAUCUAUUUUUAAUUAUUUAAAAUAAUCUGGUUAUAUUGAUGGUAUAAAUUGUGCUACUAACUUUUUUGAUUCUACCAUUAAAAAAUAUAUAGAUCUGUCUUUAGUAUUUGCUACAAGUAAUAUAGAUCCUAAUAGGCUUGCUAUCAUUUAGUCAUAUGUGACUGAAACUUUUAAAAGAACUAUUGUCUACAAUUAAUUUGUGUUUGAUGUUGUGAGCUCUCUUUAAUUUGAUUAAAGUCAAAAAAGUUAAAUGAUUUAAGCUAUUUAAAAAGACAUUACUGUGAGUUUAGCUUUUUAAGACAGCUCUUAAUAUAAUUUUAUUUAGAAAACAUACCCAAAUUUAGUUAUGUAUUUUAAUGAUUAACUGACUGUGAUGAAAAUAGAAGGGGAUUUGAGCUAUGUAAAUCAAGCUUUAAGCAAUGGAAUUCUCUACUUCGAUAAAAGCAAAUUUAGUAAUUAAACUUACACUUCUUUAAAAGAAAUUUAGGUUGCAAUUAGUGAUAAUUUUAAUUAUAAUUUAAACUUAAAUUUGAAUGUAGAAAGCGAAGUAAAAUUUCUGAAACUCAAAUCAGAUAUUGUAACUCAAAAAACACUGUAAGAUCAAAUGGAUAAGUAAGGAACAGAUUUAACAAUUGAACAAUCCUUUAUGAUAUAAUUUGAUAUUGCUUCAUUUAUUGAUCCAGAUUAAAUUCCUUUAUCUUAUUAAUUCUAAUAAAAAAUAAGUGGUUAAUUUGUGCCUAUAUCUUCAGAUUCAUUUAUCAAAUGUGAUAAUGUCAACCUUCGUUUAGUAGGUAAUCCUCCUUCUAGCUACUUAUUCUCAACAAUUUAUCUGAGACUACAAGUAACUAAUGGUUAUACAACAAAAUAUGAUUAUUUUUAUAUUAACAUAAACAAAAUGCCUUUUAGCUAUGUUUUGAAUAUACUAAUUUAAGUGCUUGGUCCUCUAGCUUUUGCCUUUGGUUUGUAUAAAAAAAGAGCAUCUUUUAUGAAUCUUUAUUUUAAAAAUCAAACUAUGUACUCUACAGAAACAGCCUAUGUGAAUUAAAUCUACAGGAAAAAAAUACUUAUUUUAGAUCAAGAUUAUGAAAUCGCUUAUUUAUUUUUAUAGAAAUUUAUGAAGUAAUCUGGGAAAAAUUUCAAUUAAAACUAACUAAAUUAAGGUGCUAAUAAAUUAAGAAAGUCGAUUUUGAAUCUUGAAAGUGCUAAGAGUGAAAAAAUAAUAAAUUCUUAGCAAAAUAUUUAAACUUUAGAAAAAUUUAACCAAGUAGAAGGAGAUUUAAAAAAAUUACCUUAAUAGAAAUAAUUAUCAGAAAUAUCAUAAAAUAAUAGUAAUAUUUUAAGAGUUUUAAAUAAAAAUAGAUAAUUUGAAAGUAAAAAUUUAGUAAAUUAAGAUGAAUCAUUUAGCUAAAGCAAGAAGUAAAUCAAUGAAACAAUAUAAUCUUAAUAUGGCUCACAGAUUGUUUAAAAGGAAACAUAAAGUAAAUAAAAUAGCAAAAUCAAAUAAAAUUCAAAGCUGAAAAAGGAGUUUAAGGAUAAGUAUGACACUAGAUUUAGUAUUUAAUAAUAAGACACUAGAUAGAAAAAACAAUCAACAGAGCAAUUUUCAUAAAGUAGCAUUUUUAGAAAUGCAGAGAAUAAAAACAAUGUAUUAAAUAUUUAUACAAUUUAGACAGAAGAUGGCACAUUCUAAAUGAACAAUUUAUUUAACUAAAUGAUUUAAUAAAAAUUAAUAAUUUAGUAUGAAUUAUUGGACUAUAAAAUAGAAGAUUAUGCUUUAGAUUUAUAAAAUGAAUUCUCUAGAUUUUAUUAAUGCCUAAAAGCAAAUGUCUUAAGACACUUAUUGGAAAAAGAAAAGAAAACUCUCAAACUUUACUAAUUUCUUAAAAAAUAUUCUUUAGAAACUGGUAACUACCUAUAAAAUGACUGGUAUAAAUAAUAUGUUCAAAUUACAGCCACAAAUGACUUAGAUCAAUAUGGUGUUCAUGUACCUUUUUCAAAGACAACAUUAAUAGAAGAUGAGAUUUUUAAAGUACUAAAAGACCUUGAAAUUAUUCCUAAAAACUUAGAUCUUGAGAACUAUCAGCUUAGCUAUCUCUAAUCAAUUGAUAUCAAUCCUUACUUGCUUAAAGAGGUUUUGUUUGCUGAUGCUCUUGGAUUAAAUUUCAUUAGCUCAAAAGCAAUCAUAAAAUGUUGUGGAGAAUCUAUUCAUUUAGAGAAAAACUAAGUUGUUUCAGUGGAAGCAUUUGAGAAAAUAUAAGAUGGUGUUUGCUUAUGGUUAAGGAAACUAUUUAAUUUACAAUAUAAAACUCUUCCAAUAUCUAAGUACAUUUCUCUACCUAGUUGGAUGUCUUAUGAAUUUAAAAAUGGUGUUGUAAUUUUGGAGGGUAUUCCAAUAAAAUCUGAUGUUAAUAACUUUUUAAUUAGAGUCUAUGACUAAACAAGAUUUGUAUGUUACUAAUUUCAUUUGAAUGUAGUUGGAGACUCUAGACCUAGAGAUGAAGUAGAAGUUCCUUUAUUAGAAAAUUAAAUAAAAGAAAGUAAUUUUAUUAAAGAAAAUGAUGCAAGACUACAAAUAUAAAGUCAAUAAGAAAAUAUGAAAUUAACUUAACUAGGAAAUAAUAUCAUAAAUAACUCUAAAGAAAGUUUACAUCAAAUACAUUUCAGAAAAUAAUAAAAUAGUGUUGAUCUCCAUUCCAUUAAAAACUAACAAAACUAAACAUAAAAUUAAUUAAAAAACGAAUAAGAAGAAAAUGUAGAUGAAAUAGAAGAAAAAGCUUACACAGGAAUUAGAUCAAUGACUGAAUAUUAUUAAGAAUUAACAUCUCCUCCUAUUUUUCCUUUAGCUCUAGGUAUUAUACGAAACACUCCUUUAUAAAGCUUUAAAUUAAACACAUAAAUUCCAGAUAUUUAAUCAUAAGAGUAAUUUGAUAAAAAAAAAUAAAAGGAUUCUGAAAGAGACGAAUUAUAAUCUAAAUAUUUAUAUGAAUAAUAAUUAAACUAGGAGCUUUAUGAUUAUUCUGAGUAACAAAUAAAUAAAUAACAUUCAAAUUAAAAUUAGAUUUGA